AUGGGUGUAGGUGGCACCAGCAGUCAUGGAUAUCAAGAAAUGCCUCAUGUUGGAGAAAUCUUAAAUGGAGGAGUAUAUGUUGACCAGAACAAAUUCCUCUGUUAUGCAGACACCAUUCAUUGGCAGGAUAUUGUUCGCAAUCCGUGGCCUUCUAAUUUUACACUGGUUUCAACCAAUGGUAGCUCAGGAUGUGGGCGGUGCCACAAGUCUUGCACAGGCCGAUGUUGGGGGCCCACAGAGCGCCACUGCCAGAGCUUGACCAAGACGGUGUGUGCAGAACAGUGUGAUGGCAGGUGCUAUGGCCCAUAUGUAAGCGAUUGCUGCCACCGAGAAUGUGCUGGAGGCUGCUCAGGACCUAAAGACACAGACUGCUUUGCCUGCAUGAAUUUCAAUGACAGUGGAGCUUGUGUCACCCAAUGCCCCCAAACAUUUGUGUACAAUCCAACCACUUUUCAACUAGAGCACAAUUUCAAUGCAAAAUAUACCUAUGGAGCCUUCUGUGUCAAGAAAUGCCCACAUAACUUUGUGGUAGAUUCCAGUUCUUGUGUGCGGGCUUGUCCUAGUUCCAAAAUGGAGGUGGAAGAAAAUGGGAUUAAAAUGUGUAAACCCUGUACUGACAUUUGUCCCAAAGCAUGUGAUGGCAUUGGCACAGGAACUCUGAUGUCUGCUCAGACUGUGGAUUCCAGCAACAUUGACAAGUUCAUAAACUGCACCAAAAUCAAUGGGAAUUUGAUCUUCCUCGUCACUGGUAUUCAUGGGGAUCCUUACAAUGCAAUUGAAGCCAUGGACCCCGAGAAACUGAACAUCUUCCGGACAGUCAGAGAAAUAACAGGUUUCUUGAACAUACAGUCUUGGCCCCCAAACAUGACAGAUUUCAGUGUCUUUUCUAACCUGGUCACCAUUGGUGGAAGAGUACUGUAUAGUGGCCUCUCACUGCUUAUCCUUAAGCAACAAGGCAUCACCUCUUUGCAGUUCCAGUCCUUGAAGGAAAUCAGUGCAGGAAACAUCUAUAUAACUGACAACACCAACCUAUGUUACUACCAUACAGUUAAUUGGACCACCCUCUUCAGUACUCUCAACCAAAGAAUAGUGAUUCGUGACAACAGAAAGGCAGAGAACUGCACUGCAGAAGGAAUGGUAUGUAAUCUUCUGUGUUCAAGUGAUGGCUGCUGGGGGCCAGGACCAGACCAAUGCUUAUCCUGUAAACGUUUCAGCAGGGGACGGACUUGCAUUGAAUCCUGUAAUCUCUAUGAUGGUGAAUUUCGAGAGUUUGAGAAUGGUUCCAUCUGUGUGGAAUGUGACCCCCAAUGUGAAAAGAUGGAAGAUGGCAUUUUGACAUGCCAUGGACCGGGACCAGAUAACUGCACUAAGUGUUCUCAUUUUAAGGAUGGCCCAAACUGUGUGGAAAAAUGUCCUGAUGGAUUACAGGGGGCCAAUAGCUUUAUAUUCAAAUAUGCUGACCAGGAUCAUGAAUGCCACCCUUGUCAUCCAAACUGCACCCAAGGGUGCAUAGGCUCAAGUAUUGAUGACUGCAUCGGCCUGAUGGAUAGAACUCCCCUGAUUGCUGCAGGAGUCAUUGGUGGACUCUUCAUCCUCGUGAUUGUUGGCCUGACAUUUGCUGUGUAUGUUCGUCGAAAGAGCAUCAAAAAGAAGAGAGCAUUGAGAAGAUUCCUAGAGACAGAGUUGGUAGAACCCUUAACCCCAAGUGGCACAGCACCCAACCAGGCCCAACUUCGGAUCCUAAAAGAAACUGAGCUCAAAAGAGUGAAGGUACUUGGGUCUGGAGCAUUUGGAACUGUAUAUAAGGGGAUUUGGGUACCUGAAGGAGAGACAGUAAAGAUACCUGUGGCUAUAAAGAUUCUCAAUGAGACAACUGGUCCAAAAGCUAAUGUUGAGUUCAUGGAUGAAGCUUUGAUCAUGGCAAGUAUGGAUCACCCACAUUUGGUACGAUUAUUGGGUGUCUGUCUGAGCCCGACCAUUCAGCUGGUUACUCAACUAAUGCCCCAUGGCUGCCUGUUGGAUUAUGUUCAUGAACAUAAGGAUAACAUUGGCUCCCAACUCCUACUUAACUGGUGUGUCCAGAUAGCUAAGAGUAAUAGCCCAUGA